GUGCGUGUCCCAGAAUGAUCUCUCAAAACUGACGGGGUGUCCAAAGAAAAUGGCUGAAUUUCCUCCAAGGCAUCCAGGAUUUGGCAAUUCUGGGAAGUGUUUUUUGAUCGAGAACCUGCUGCGCCCGGGGAAUUCUUCACCUGUUGGAUGGGUCGGGUCAGGUGUCCAUCGGAAGAGAUGCUCGGCCGCUGUGGUUUACGGAUGUCUGGGUUUGGUACUGAAAGGGAAGGGCGUCCAUCGGAACGGGGCCACGGAGAACCACAUGUGUCCUCGGGUCACUGAUGGGAAAACUGUUCAGACACAGUCAGUUAUGACGGGCGUUCCUGUGUCCUGCUACAGCGGUUCUGCACCUGCGAUGUUCACCAAAGGAGUCGGCGGUGCGCUGUGGAGCCCAGCGUUGAGCUCCAGGCCUCGGGCGGGAAUUCUACGCAGAGCCGUGUUCUCCGAAGAACAAAGACGAGAACUGGAGAAAACAUUCCGUAGACAGAAAUACAUCAGCAAGACAGACCGCAACCGACUGGCAACAGACCUCUGUCUGAAAGAGACACAGGUGAAGAUCUGGUUCCAGAACCGCAGGAUGAAGUGGAGAAACUCUAGAGAAAAAGAGAGCACGUACACACGACUGCCAACAGAUCAACUGAUGGUGUGGAGUAAAUCACAACCGGCGGACACACAACAACACACAACCCACCAGAGGAAACACACACACACCUGACAUCUGCGGGAUCACAUGUGUACCUGACCAUAGCCACAGCAGAGAGACAUCAGAUUCAACUGAACAGACUCUUUAAUUCACAAAAACGUCAAGACGAACACUGUUUGUCCUUCUUGGUGUGAGAUUUCUAUUUUUUGGGUGCUGAAGGGGGUCGUUGAAACAGUGUUUUAAAUAGUAAUAAUGCUGUAUUAUUGUGUGUAGCUGAUCAUUCGCCUUUUCCGAUUAUUGUAGAAAAGAUGCUUUUUUGUGGAUCCUUAAUGGAAAAACAUCUGCUGAAAGUGCCACAUUUAUUAUGAUUUCACAUACAGUGGCCAAACAGACUGAGAGAUCCCGUUUUACAAGAAUU